CCGCUCUUCUUCACUCUUUUCCUUUACCCGUUCUUUUCUGGCCGUGCAGCCAGCCCCACGCUCUCUUCAAAAACUCAACUAAUAUCCCACAGGAAAAUCAGUAUCCCUCGCACUCAGGAAUGCAGUUUAGCGCCUGUAUACGUAUCUUCGCAUCUCUUGCUAUCAUUUCCCUUGCAGCUUCCGGUGUUUUUGCACAAAAUUCGCAUGCUCCGCUUCGUGGCCGCCACCUUAAUCGUCUCCCUUCCGUUGGAGCUCGCGGCGUAGAAAACAACCUCGCUGUUCGUCGCCCUGGAACGCUACAACGUCGAUUCGACCAGGCAAGGUUUUCUUUUUACGAUGUGGGUCUGGGAGCCUGUGGAAAGACCAACGUUGCUAGUGAUUUUAUUGUCGCUUUAAACUCGGCUCAAUUUGGAAGUGGGGGAUAUUGCUUUCAGAUGAUCACGAUUACGUAUGGGGGCAAGAGUACCCAAGCGCAAAUCGCCGACGAGUGUCCCGGAUGUCCAUAUGGCGGCUUGGAUUUCUCGCGCGGUCUGUUCAAUUACUUUGCGUCUGAAUCGGCCGGUAUCAUCUAUGGCUCCUGGGUAUUUGGCAGUGGGGCAGCCACGACCACGAAGACACAAGCCCCAACGACGACGCAAACACCCACGUCAACGUGGAGCGCGCCUACCAGCAGCACGCAAAUUAGUUCGUCAACCACAAGCAGCAGUAGUGCUUCGUCCUCUGCCUCCACGACCUCAUCGGCUCAAUCGACAACCGCGUAUCGUUCCGCGUCAUCGAGCGUUUCUCCGACGUCAACGGCGGUGCCAUUACCCACUGAUGUACUAGGGCAGUUGGAUUUCACGUUUGUGGCAAUAGGAAAGAUCUUGAUCGCAG